AUGGCAACUGAACAGUCCUUAAGUAUAAAUCGUCCUGGCUCAGCUUCCUCGCCGUUGUUUGAGCUUGUCAAUAUUCCAAAUCGACUCGUGCUGGAAAAAGUUUAUUUAAAUGGGCUGCAUGCUUUAAAGCGAUUUGAAAUUCGAAAUGUGUCGCAAAGUACCAUUUUAGUUAAAUUGCGUUCAAACCUGGGUUCUCAGGUUGCAUUUCAACUCACAAAUGAAAAUCUUCCAGAAUUUGAGCCUCAGGAGUCGCGUUUGCCGGUUAUAAAGGAAGUCAAUGAGUCAUUAGCUUCAAAACCAUAUUAUGCGUUAAACCCUACUUCGGAAAAUAAUUCGAGUGUGUCUCUGAAUAAUAUAUCCGAAAAUCCUUUAAACGAUAUUACAACAAACACCGUAGCAGCUGCAGCAGCGGGAGCAUUUGGGGACGUUAAUGGAUAUCAAUUCAAUCAUCUCUUUAAUUAUGUGAAUCAUAUAGAUGAGGUAGAGAUUGCCCCGGGGUGUUCCCAAAAAAUCAUUUUGGCCUUUUUACCUGAUCCUCGUAAUAAAAUUAGAAGAUCCGAUGCGAACACUGCUGUUACCCCCUCUUCCACUAGUGAUCUGAGUGUCACGCCUUCUGCUUCAGUGGAUACGGAUGGAGUUGAUGAUGCUAGAGGAAACGCAAACUUAUUUACACAAUCCUCUGAAGAUGAAACCCAUGAUUUUUUCGAGGUCAACGGCUUACUGUUCUUUUUUGCUUAUAUAGUUGACAAGCAACAAAAUAGUGGAUUAAUCGAGAAGUCCAUUAGAGACCGCGAAUCAUCGGAUUACUCCGACAAUGUUGAUACUAAUGGAAAUAAUUCAGUAAUCAAAUCAUAUAAACCAGAUAUUGAAAUUACAUCCUCUCGAGAAAUAGAGUCAGUUAACACUUCAAAGGCGGAUCAUCAAAUAACCAUUAAAUUUCGUUCCACGGUUUCUCGAUCGGUGUUAUGGUCUGAUGUUGGAGAGACUGGUAUAAAUUUUGACGAUUGUGUGAUAGGUGGCAUUUAUUUCAAAGAUUUUACGAUAUGGAAUCGCUCAGAAAUUGAACUGUAUUGGCUUCUUAACACAGUAAACUUGUCUUAUCCUGAGCAUGAAGGGUGGAUUAAAUUUACUGAUUGUGACACUGGAGAGUUGUUAGACAACAAACCGAUACCAAGUUAUUCACACAGACGAAUUAGAGUGACUUUUCGUCCUAAGGAAGUUGGUGAAUUCAAUCAUGAUCUACAACUAGAAAAUGCUAAUGAUUCAGAGAAUGUUCUGCAAACUAGAAUUCAUGCAGCUGUAAGAUCUGUGCUAAGAGAAGAGUUAUUAGUCAUUAGUAGUGGAAAUGCUUUAGAUUUCGGAGAUUGUUGUGCUGGAGUUUGGAGUAAACAGCAAUUGGUUUUGAAAAACGUUAGCGAAGUACCUUUAGAAAUACAUUUUACAGCAGAAAAUGCAGAAAUCCUGUUUCAUUUGAACACGGAUUACUUGAGAAAUAUGAAAAAAUUAAAGAGUCCUACCGAAGAUACGGAAGAUCUAGCUUUGUUGCAGCAUCAUUUUCGAGACAUCACAAAUGUUACUAAUAGCACGCCCACAACGAAUAAUAUCAUGAGUAAUGUGAAUUCUUGUCCUAUUAGUGAAAAUAGCUCCAGAGCGAUUUCGCCAAGUCCACAAAACCACGAAAUUGAUGGGUUAAUUUCACCCGCAGAAAAUGCGAGUGAAUCUCCAUCAGAAAACGCAUCUAGAUCGACUAGCAGGCAUCGCACAAAUAAUAUCGAAGAUUUAGAUAUCGAUGGAUUUUCUGAAGAAAACACGUUAGGAAAUGACUUUUUAAUUAAAAGUCCAUCAGAAAAUCCUGAAAUUGGUUUCAAAGCUGAUAAAAUCGCUCGAAUAGAUGAACUCAUUCUUGGCCCUGGCAAAGAACGGACAGUCCAAGUGUCGUAUCGUCCAGAGAAGGAUUCUUCAGCUAAUAAUUUCAAGGCUGGAAGACUCAUUCGUAGGACAUUUCGCAUAAUUGUCCAAUACGCUCCUGUCAAUUCGGGUCAAGUUAGUUUACGUUCUGAUAUCCAUGAACGCAAAAUUAUUCAAUGUAAAGCUCGAAGUUGCACACCCUUUAUCGAUGUGAAUCCCAAGGAAGUGAACUUUGGAGACACAGACGUUGGAACUCACAAAUCAUUGCCUAUAACUAUUUCAAAUUUGUCAGAAUUAACUGCUCGCGUAGAGCUUAAGUUUGUUUCUAAGGUGCUUUAUUGCAUGAAUGAUAAAGUCAUCAUCCCACCAAAGAUGUCGACUGAAGUCAAGCUCACCAUGUAUCCUAGAAAAGUAAACGCUGAUUAUCGAAAACAGAUAACCGUUGUCAAUUUGCAAAAUCGAGACGAUGAUCAAAUUAUUGAGGUUCGAAGUACAAAUAUAGACAAAAAUCGGGUGACCUUUCAUUCUUUAUUUUACCGUAUAUUAACGUCGACCGGUAGCAAUUUCAUUAAUUUUGGAACAACGGUUCUCAAUUCGCCUAGCAUAAGAACCUUUACAAUAGAUAACAUCAGUAUAAAAAAAUUAGUUCUGGAACUCUCCUCAUCUUCACCAGAAGAGAUUAUCAUGUAUCAAAAACGACCAAUAGAUGAUUGUACAUCAAACUCGAGUGAUGUCUCCACUGCUUCUCUCUCUAACAAUGAAACUACUUCGUCUGGCAGUAAUAUAGAAAGUGAUGCUAAUAGCUCUAAAAUAGAAAGAAGAGAAAUGCUUCUAGAAUCAAUUGGGGACCGCAGAAUGCCAAAAAAUCAUUCGAACAUUGAUACAGUUAGUACAAAUUUAUCCGUCUCAAAUACUAUAUUGAUGGCAGGGGAAAUUCAUUCAAGUAUAUCUAAUAAGAGAUACAACGCCGGUAUAUUUUUUGACAGUUCAUUGUCGGAUUUGUCACCUUCUAGUGCAGCUUACCUCGACUUAGCUGGAUCGUCAAAUAUUGACCCCAGACGUUCUCCACGAAGAAGACCAACAAAAUUGCAAAUAGGUAAAACGCCGGGAGUGAACCCAGUUAUUGAAAGAAUAAAAGAAGGUUCAAUCACAGGAACCAAUGCUUCGACUGGUUCAAUUAGUUCUACCACAAAAAGUGGAUUUAAUGGCGUUCUAACGAAUAAAACGAAUAAUGAAUCAGUUGAAAAUGUUUCAUUAGGGAGUUACUUGAAAGGUGAAGACUUGUCGAAAAUUUCUGAAAUCUCCCUUGAAUCCAUUAUUGAAAUGCUUGAAUCUAAUAAUAGCCCAUUACCACUAUUAUUUCCAAAGCCUUCUGCUGAGGAAACAUAUGUGCGAAAUCAGAUGAGGCUUUUGCGAGAAUUGAAUAAUCGUAUAAGAGAUCAUCAGAUUGUACCCGUUAAAUUUGUAGAAAUACCACCUUCGAAAGAAUGCCAGAUCAUUGUAAUAUUUACUCCAAAACAGAAGCUUCAUCCUAACGUUCAAGGAUUACCAAAAAAAUUUGAUACACGUGUAAAUAUCCGUUUAAUGGAAUUUGAUCGUGAAAUGCAACAACCUCAGUUUGAAGCUUUGAUUCAAGGUGAUCAAAGUCAAAUUCCGGUCAGAGAACUUAUGGUUAAUGCUACGUUAUGUAGGUCAAUCAUGGAUUUAGGUCAAAAGAACAUCAAUUUUGGAUCAAUGGAGAAAAAUGAGCGUAAAAACACAACCAUACUAAUUCAAAACCGUAGCGAAGUACCUCUUUUAUAUUACAUCCGUAAGUCGGGUUCAAUAGCAUCUGGUGACAUUGUAUUUGGAGUUGGUCGUCUGGGAGUGAUACGUGGAUAUAAUAAAAAAGAAAUAGAAUUCUCUUUUGAUCCUAGUCUUUCGGGACCAUUUCACGAGAGGAUUGAGAUAGAAAAUAUUCGCGAUCGUGAGAAUAACCAAGUGCUUUCUGUAAAAGCAAACAUACGAAAAAAACACACCUUCACCAUUCAAAACUUAAGUAUGAACUUUGGCGCAUGUCUUAUCAAUGAAACUUCAAAAGUUCAGCAUAUAACUAUUAUUAAUACAAAUAAGCAAUCUCGUAUAAUUGAGGUUCGCGUUGACCCUCAAGAUCUAAAGUAUAUUGGUUGCGUUGGGGAGCUGAACUUUGUAUUACAAGAAGAAUUAGAUGGUUCUUACAAUAAUGGAAUUUUAAGUAAAGAGACAGAGGAAGAAAUUGAAAACUUGGAACAAAAGGUUAAAAUUGCUAAACGUAAAGGACGUGAUGAAAAAGUCAAAAAGAUUGAAAAGAAAUUGGCGAAAUUGAGACGAGGCGAACCGGUCAAAAAUGAUUCAGAGACUGAAAACGAAUCCAUAGAUGAAAUAGCUCUUGGUACUAUUAAUGAGAUUACGCCAAGAGAAGAAAAGACUGAUCCCGGAGAUACAGUUAAAUCACCUGUCGAAGAAACUUUUAUCGGUGGAACGGGGUUUGAUCGUUCUGGUGAAAGCAGCACAAUACCCAGUCGACCGUUAUCGCGUGCCGAUAAGCCUGCGGAUCAGCAUAUUAAACGCACACCACCCAACGUUAAAUAUCGAAAGACUCAAUCGUCAAUAAUUUUUCCCUUGGAACCGCGAACAACAAAAACAAUAUCUGUGUACUUUAAGGCCGUUAGAGGCAUCACAGAAGAAAUAUCGGAUCCAAAGCCUCUUCAGGAAAUAAUCACCAGUCAGGUAUAUGUGCAUGAGCACAAAAAUCAAGACAUUGUCAAGACAGUCAUAUUUCGGGCUAUAGUCUAUUAUGAUUAUCUUGGUUUUUUGCAAGCGCUGAGUGAAGAAACAUGCAACAGCGUAGAGAAUCAAACGGAAUCAAGUAUUGCCAGUCCGGUUCCUGAACUCUCAAACCUAACCACCGAAAUUGUUGAACAAAUCGCAAAAGAUUCAUCGUCUAUAUUGCGCAAACUUAUCAAUUAUCCUUCAUCUCAGCUAUACGAUUCAACAACUUCAACUUUAAUGUCAUAUUCACCAGAAACAGAAUUAUCACAAUAUGAUUUUACAAGUUCGGAUGUACCGUCUCAUGAUGAAUCAUCCGAGAAUUUGGUAUUAGAACCAACAGACCUUGAUAUUGGAAGGCUCGAAGUUAAUCAAAGGCAUAAUUAUUAUUUCAAGUUAACAAACCGUGGAGACGUUCCUCUGUGUUAUAAAAUAAUAAUUCCAGAAAAUGAAAGUACUUUUUUCCAAUUUACCCAACUUCUUGAUACAUUGGACCCUCAUGAAACACGUCGUUUAGAUUUUUCUCUGAUCGCAAAUGAAAUAGGACGCCAGUCGCAUUCGAUAAUCAUCCACAAUUGUGAGACAAAAUCUGAAUUCAAUUUUACGCUUCAUGGGUACAUUCAUUAUUCUCAUUAUCUGCGGUUUCCCUCACUUGGCGAUGAUGGACAAUCCGAGUUGAAUUUGGGGUACUGCUAUGUUGACCCAGGCAGAAAAUAUUCUCAGGUCACUCCUCUGUUGGUGGAAAAUAUCACUGAUGAUGAUGUUUACAUAACUUGCCAAA